GUGACCCCUGCCCGGCGACGACGGCAACCCGCCGUGGCGGCCCGACGAGAUGUACCAUUAAAGCAGGAGGCAAACGUUUCGUAGACUCCACCUGUUUGCUUGCGACUGAGUCGUGCUCUCAAUUCUUAGUCUAGCCUGUGCUUGCGUUCUGUUCUUUUUCCUAGGGAGCGAUCCAGAAGCGUGGUCAUGCACGGCUCUCUGACAUGAAGACGUUUCAACUUGUGCGGUCCGCGUCUGUCUAGGGGAGAAACGAAGAGAAGAGGGGGGUGAACGUGGAACUCACAUUUGCGCUAAAUUCCAAGGCCAGCAGAUCACUGAGGGGCAACAACGGCCAACCUCGGGUUGGGGGACCCUCUGUCGUACCACGCUGUCAACAACAAUAAUGCCUUGAGCUAUUCCUGUCAUCGGCGGUACUUUCGGAUGUUCCCACAAAUAUGAGCAAGGUCAUCUCGGACGCUUUUUCGAGGUGGGAAGUGGUAUCGCAAGGGAUUGUCUUAGGCGGGGUCACCUUGUUAUCUCUGUUAACAUUGGGAAUCUUAUACGGCAUCUAUAAUGCUUUCAUUCAUCCUCUCCGACAAUAUCCAGGACCACUGCUCUGGGGAGCUUUCCGCUUUCCCUAUGUCGUCGCGGUACACAGCGGUGACAUGCACCGGCGACUGAAGGUAUUCCAUGACAAGUAUGGACCUAUCGUUCGCAUCGCACCCAAUGAACUUUCCUAUGCCGAUGCUGCCGCAUGGAAAGACAUCUACGGUAAUCGUCCUGGCCACCAGCCAUUCGAGCGCAAUCGCACCUGGUUUAGGAAGAUGUCUCCUGAUGAGCCACACUCAAUGAUGGGAUACAGCGAAGAGGCACAUGCUCGACAAAAACGAGCGUUUGCCAACUCGUUCUCUGAGAAGAGUUUACGGGAUCAGUCACCCGUCAUCGAAAACUACAUUGAUAGAUUCAUUGGCCAGCUCAGAGCUCGCAGUUCAGGGCAGCAAUGGACAAAGAAGACUGUUGAUCUAUCUCAAUGGUUUGUUUUUUUAAUGUUUGACAUUUCAGGAGACCUUUCUUUUGGAGAAUCCUUCGGGUGCCUCUCAACUGGGAAAGCGCAUCCUUGGGUGGAGAUCGCGCAGGACUUCGGCAAAGGCCUAUCCCUCAUAGCAUCGGUCAAUCUGUACCGACCUGUCGACAAGCUUUUACGCUACGUGAUUCCGAAGCACAUUCGACAACGACAUAUUGCGCAUCGCGAGAUGAGUGCAGCUAUGGCCAAGAAGAGAUUAUCUUCAAAAGUAGAGCGACCAGACUGGGUCACCCCAGCGAAGAACUAUGCCGACUCCAAAGAUGUUCUAUCAGAAGGAGAAUGGGCGAUAAAUAUGACUAUCAUCAUAUUCGCCGGCGCAGAGACCACUGCAAGCGCAUUAUGCGCGAUCACGAGACACUUACUACAGAACCGUGGUGCGCUGCAUCGAGUAACAGAGGAGAUACGGUCCACAUUUGCGACCGAGAGCGAGAUUAAGAUCGCUUCCACAGGGAGUCUGCCUUAUCUUAAUGCUGUCAUCAACGAAAGCUUGCGAAUUGCACCCCCUGCCGUCAUUGGUGUUCCAAGAUUGGUACCCAAGGGAGGCGACACAGUCUGCGGUCGUCUAUCUCUCACAACAAUCAUAGACAUACGUGGCUUACAAUCAAUACCCGGCAAACCGCCAGGAGCGCAACUUUCACCACCCGAAUUCGUUCCUGCCCGAACGCUUUCUCGGUCCGAAGUCUGA